AGCGCUGCGCGCAUGCGCCUUGACGAGUGAGCCGGGUGAGGAGGCUUCCUAGGUAGCGGAAGGGGGAGAUGGAAAUGGAAGGGGCGGGCGCGCUAGCCCUCGUCCUGGCUGGGCUCCCGCUGGAGUGUGCGUUGGGGGCGGACCAGGAGCGGUGGUCUCCAGGGAGGUCGAGGCUGGGGCUCCCAUCCGGAUUUGGAGCAGGGUCUCCGCGGCCCAGCUGACCUGCCGGCGUUUGUACGUUAUGUGCCCACUCAGGGAGCCAUGGACAACUGUUUGGCGGCCGCAGCGCUGAAUGGGGUGGACCGACGUUCCCUGCAGCGUUCAGCAAGGCUGGCUCUAGAAGUGCUGGAGAGGGCCAAGAGGAGGGCGGUGGACUGGCAUGCCCUGGAGCGUCCCAAAGGCUGCAUAGGGGUCCUUGCCCGGGAGGCGCCCCACCUAGAGAAACAGCCGGCAGCCGGCCAGCAGCGCGUUCUCCCGGGAGAGAGAGAAGAGAGACCCCCAACCCUUAGUGCUUCCUUCAGAACAAUGGCUGAAUUCAUGGACUAUACUUCAAGUCAGUGUGAGAAAUAUUAUUCAUCUGUGCCAGAGGAAGGAGGGGCAACCCAUGUCUAUCGUUACCACAGAGGCGAGUCGAAGCUGCACAUGUGCUCGGACCUAGGGAAUGGUCAGAGAAAAGACAGAAAAAAGACAUCCCUUGGUCCUGGAGGCAUCUAUCAAAUAUCAGAGCAUGCUCCAGAGGCAUCCCAGCCUGCUGAGAACAUCUCUAAGGACCUCUACAUAGAAGUAUAUCCAGGGACCUAUUCUGUCACUGUGGGCUCAAAUGACUUAACCAAGAAGACUCAUGUGGUAGCAGUUGAUUCUGGACAAAGUGUGGACCUGGUCUUCCCUGUGUGAUGUUGACCAUCACCGCCAUCACAUCACCUUUUUUUAAGUAGUAAGAAUAAAGCCACUGUAUGAUUCUCUUAAUAGCUAUACAUUAAUCCUGUUUUUAGUGCUGACCGGGUCAGCCUUCCCAGGAAGUGGAGUCUGUCUCUUUCAGUGCUUUUUUUUUUUUUUUUGAGACAGAGUCUUGCUCUGUUGCCCAGGCUGGAGUGCAGUGGCGCAAUCUCAGCUCACUGGAAGCUCCGCCUCCUAGGUUCACACCAUUCUCCUGCCUCAGCCUCCCGAGUAGCUGGCACUACAGGCGCCCGCCACCACGCCCGACUAUUUUUUUUGUAUUUUUAAUAGAGACAGGCUUUCACCAUGUUGGCCAGAAUGGUCUCGAUCUCUUGACCUCGUGAUCCACCCACCUUGGCCUCCCAAAGUGCUGGGAUUACAGGCGUGAGCCACUGCACCCAGCCUCAGUGCCUUUUUUAACUUGAGGGUGUAGAAGUCCUCCAUGCUUGUUUGCCUGAAAGUAAUAUAAUGAUGCUGUCUGAACAGGUUUUACUGCUUGCUUUCCAAGUAAAGGUUAAUUAUGAUAAUAAAGAGAUUUAGAAAUGAA